AUGCCCGAAGUUGACAGAAGGCUUGAAUUUAAAGCGUGGGGAAAUGCACAACGUCACCCUUUCGCAAUUUAUGGAGAUUUUGAGGCGUUACUAAUAAAGACCGAUGAGCGCAGGGGUGAGAAUACGAGAAUAAUACAUAGGCAUAAACCUAUGAGUUAUGGUUUUGUAGUAAAGGCAUCUGAAGACGUACCGUUGGAGCUUAUUGAAAAAUUCAAUAUACCGACUUCUCCGGUUAUUUUUCGCGGUAGUGGUAAUCGAGAGGAGGUUGCAAGGCAUUUUGUAAAUAGUAUUGUAGAAGUAGGUUUAAAAAUUGAAGAGUUAUUAAAGACAAAUGUUCCUAUAUGUAUGAGUGAUGAAGAUACACGUAGGCAUAAUGAAAAUAAUCAGUGCAAUCUUUGUAAAUGUAUCCUUAAUAAAAAUGAUAAAGUCCGUGAUCAUUGUCACCUGUCCGGAAAAUUUAGGCAGACAUUAUGUUCUAAAUGUAAUAUUAGUUUACAACAGACUAAGUUCGUUCCAUGUUUUUUUCAUAAUUUAACUAAUUACGAUGCUCAUUUUAUAGUCACUGAAUUGGGGUAUGAUGCAAAAACAAUAAAAGUAAUUCCUAAUAGCGAGGAAAAAUUUAUAACAUUUUCAAAAUAUAUUAGCAAAUCGUUUACCAUACGAUUUGUAGACACGUGUAGGUUUAUGGCAACAAAGUUGGAGAAUUUAGCUAAAAAUCUUUUGACGCCAGAUUUUUCGAAAUUCUGUGAAACAUCUAAGCAUUUUUCUGCCGAGGAUAUGCCACUGGUUACCCGAAAGGGGGUAUACCCAUAUGAAUAUACGGAUGACUGGUCCAAGCUUGAGCAAACAACUUUGCCACCAAAGGAAGGCUUUUAUAGCUCAUUGACGGAAAAAAACAUUGAAGAUAGUGAAUAUCAGUUUGCAGCCGAGGUCUGGGAUCACUUUGGAUGUCAAACACUUGGCGAAUAUUCUGAUUUUUACUUGAAAAUUGAUGUGCUUUUACUGGCAGACAUUUUCGAAAAUUUUCGUGAUGUGUGUAUGAAAGCAUACAAUUUAGACCCGGCAUACUACUUUACCGCUCCUGCCUUUAGCUUUGACGCUAUGCUAAAGCAAACUGCAAUAAAGUUGGAAUUGUUGACUGACUAUGAUAUGUUGUUAGUGUGUGAAAAUGGUGAGUACCAACAUGGAUAA